AUGGGACUAACCUAUUCAUGUGGUCAUCCCACAUACAAGUCCGGCCAAAUUCACGAUGUAGUCAUUGGUCCAUUGACCCCAAACACGGUGUACUACUAUCGUUUUAGCUCUAAUUCAGCACAUGAAUUCAGUUUCAAAACCACAACAGCUAAGCUCCCCAUCAAGUUCGCCCUUUCAGAAGGGAUGGAAUGGGAUGGGGGAGUACUACAACAUCCAUUGUAUAAAUUGAAGCCUGCUGGGCUUUCAGAUUUAACUCGUGUUUACCAAGACAAGCUUAACAAUUAUGGACCUGUGUACAUAAACGUUGGGGAUGGUGGGAACAGAAAAGGCCUUGCAAAAGAUUGUGCCAAAGCUACAAGGAAAGUUGAGGAGGAAGAGGAAGAAGUCAAAAUUGAUCAGAGGAGGCUCUCAACUGAUUAUGAUCCAGAUACUUUUGAUCCUACAAAGCAAUGGAGUCCUCUAGUGGAGCGUGUUUUCAGGCUUGUUGAUGAGAUCGCAGGGCUUACGUUGAUGGAAAUGUCUGAACUGGGGACCAUUAUAAUGAGAAGGAUGGAAUUGACAGAACCACCAACUAUUAGGAUUUUGAAGGGUGGUGCUGCUGGAUUAGCUGGAAUGGCGAUGAAGGUACCAACUGCUACUGCUAAAGAAGAGAAGAAAGAUGAGAAGACUUUUUUGAAUUCAAAUUGGAGUCCUUUGAAACAGCUGCAAAGAUUAAGAUAA